AUGACAAACAACCCCGAUGAAUCGGCGCCCGAUGAGCUGCGCUACCCCCCGGGUACCGUGGUUCUCGUCUCCAGACGCGAUUCUGCAGCUGGGGUUGGAGGGGAAAUUGUUCUGAGCCCAGCACCCUCCGACAACCCCAACGAUCCUCUCAUGUGGUCAGCAUGGCGAAAAUCCUUGAACUUUGCCCAACUCUCAGCAAUGUCGAUUAUCAUUUCAACCUCCAUCGCCAUGCAGCCCGUGUUCUGGGCGCAAAUGCGAAAGGAUAUCGGUGCCUCGUUUCAAGAAAUGGCGAAUUCCUUGUCAUGCGCGUUGGUGGGCCUUGCCAUCGGAUGCCUGGUCUUUAUUCCCUUUACCAUCAAGUACGGACGGCGGUCGUCCUUUGUUUUGCCCACGGCCAUCAUCGCAAUCACUGCCUGGUGGGCUGCGUACAUGAAAACAGUCGGGGAACUAUACGUGACAGCAUUGUUAUUCGGUCUUGCUGGAGCGACUAGUCAGACCGCCAUCGAAAUGAGUAUCAACGAUCUAUUCUAUGUUCACCAGCGAGCGACGGCAAACGGCGUCUACGUUGCGACAAUUAUGGUUGGGAAUUUUCUUGUGCCGAUGGCGGCUGGCGCUGAAGCUGUGCACAUGGGCUGGAGGGCAUGCUUCAAAACUCUGGCGGCAAGCGUCACCGCUCUAGUGGUCAUCAUGGUCUUCGCCCUCGAGGAGACAAAGUUUAUCAGAGACGUCGACAUCAACGCCGUCGAUGCAGGCAUUUCGGCUGAAGGUGUGAAGGACGAUGAAGCUGGAAUCGCACACAAGGCUCCAGAAACGGCAUCUGGCGCUAUCCAUUGUGAAACUCAGGCCAGCCGUGUCCCGAAAACGUAUUGGCAGCGGCUUAGGUUCUUCACGACAACGCCCGAAUCGCUAUGGACCGUAGCAAAACUGCCGUUCUACACGUUUUGGUUCCCGCACGUGGCAUUCAGUUCACUGCAGCUGGCCGCGGUGCAGACGUUCUACUCGGUCCUGUCUUCCAGCACAUCCAUUAUUUUUUCCAGCCCUCCUUACAACUUCAAUGCCGCUCAGAUCGGAUACAUGUCCACUGGUCUUUGCAUUGGAGCGAUCCUAGGUGCUGUGUAUGGUGGCUAUUUUACUGAUCGGGCAAUGUUGUGGUUCGCCAGACGAAACAACGGUGUGUUCGAGCCGGAGAUGCGCCUCUAUCUACUGCCCCUCCCGGCCGUUACGAUGCUCGUCGGUUUGAUUGUAAAUGGUUUUACAGCGGACAAGGGAAUGCACUGGAUCUAUCCCAGCAUUGGUAGGGUAAUUUUCGGCUUUGGCAACAGUGCGGCGACGGACACGUUCUUCACCAUUGUCAUCGACGCAUUUCCUGCCCUCGUCGGACAAACCUUUGUGUCUGUCGUAUUCUUCCAAAAUGCCCUGAGCAUUGCUGGUCCAUUUGCGAUCGAGACCUGGCGGCAUAAUAUGGGAAUCACAAACAUGUUCAUCACCGCAGCAGUGCUGGGGCUCGUGAUUAAUGCGUUGGCCAUUCCGUUGGUGAUCUGGGGUAAGCGAGCCAGAAUUGCCGUGGCCCCGCGCUAUCACCAGUUAGCCAAGGCAGGCCUCAGGAAGUAA